AUGAAACUUUUUAAUUAUUUAACUAAAAAUAUUAUUUUAAUAUUUUUUAUUUUUUCAAAAACAAAAGCUGUUGAAUUUUCAUUUUCUGAAGAUCCUGUUCCUGUUUCUGAAGCAUUGGUUGAUUGUAAUAUUGGAGAAACAUGGGUUAAAAAUCAUAUAAAAUAUGAAUGUACAAAUGUUGAGGGUAGUGGUGAUGAUUCUAUUGUUGGUAAAGCUGUUGGAUGUUCACCUGAUAAUAUUCUUUCUGGACCAACAAUUCUUCCUGAUGAAACUUAUACAAAUGAUCAUUUUAAAUAUUCAUGUUCUAUUGAGGGAGAUGAUGUUGUUUUGAAAGUUUUAAAUUGUAUUGAUCAUGAUGGAAAUCCUGUAAAAAUUGGUGAUUGGUUUACUAAAGAAGUUAAUAAUAAUCGUACUACAAUUGAAUGUCAUGGUGAUGAACAAUCAGCAAAAAAAGUUAUUUUUAAAUGGACUUCAUGUUUAAUUGAUGGUGAGCAUGUUAUAGAAGGCAAUUUCCGUGUUAAAUAUGCUCAUGAUUUAAAUAAAGUUUAUAAAAAUGAUUUACAAAUAGGUGAAAUAAUUAGUUGUAAACGAGAAAAUGGUAUUGUAGAGGCUAAAUGUACUGGUUGUGUUGGAAAAGAUAAUAUUCAUGUUGGUAUUGCUGGUUAUACUAGGAUAGGAGAACAAUGGACUCAAUGUCGAAGACAUAUAGAUGAAUGUAAAUUAGUUAAUGUUGGUAAACAUUAUGUUGAUUGUACAUUUAAUGGUGUUUCAUAUGCUGCUGGAGAAUAUUUUAAUUCUACUAAUGGUAUUGCUUCAUAUACUUGUAUUAAUGGUUUUAUCAAAAAACAAGGAUGUUGGAUUAGUGAAGAAUUUAAAAGAAUUGGUGAAGUUUUUUAUGAAAAUGAUACACCUUUUGUUUGUGAUUAUCGUUCAGAUUCAUAUAUUGGUUUUGGAUCUCAUAAAGGAUGCCUUUCACGUGAAAAAAAUCAAGAUGUUAUUAAGUUUGGUGAAUCAUGGAGAGAAGGAAAUGUUAUGAAACGAUGUUCUUGGGAAAUUAUUGAUGAAGACAUCUCUUCACCAAAAGUUGAAGAAUAUGCUUGUAUUUAUUUUGAAAAAAUAGUUCCACUUAACAAAAUUAUUCGUGAUGAAAUUAAUAAGAAUAUUCUUAAAAAAUGUGCAUAUGAUAGUAAAGGAACAUUAAGUAUGAGAACUUUAACUGAUUCAGAAAUGGCUAAAUGGCUUAGAAAAAAGACAUAUAAUCUUGAUCUUCUUGAAUAUUAUGGAAAAGGAGGACGUGGACCUAGAGCUCAUGCCUCACCAACAUUAACAACUGAUGCUUUUAUUGAAAUGAAAAAUAUGGUUAGAAAUGAUGAAGGUGGUGAUAGUAAUAAUAUUGAGGAAGAAAAAUGUGUUGAUAAAAUUCCAAUUUGUAAAGAUCUUAAACCACUAUGUUCAUCAGCUGGUUCAGAAAAACAAAUAAAUGAAAUUAUUAAUACUAUUAGAAAGAAAGUAAAUGUUAUAAAUGGAUCUGAAGCAUUCACUCAACUUAUAUCUAAACUCGAUACAAAAAUUACAACAACACUAAAAUUACAAAACUCUUGUGAUUCAAGACUUUCAGCUCUUGUUGAUAUUAUUUGUCCAAUAACAUGUAACUCAUGUUAUUGUGUUGAAAAAGUGAAAUCUUAUGUUCCAUUAAUCAUGGGAAAUAAUAACCAACAAUGUAUUUGA